CCCACACACCUCCUUAUAAGACACUGGGAGGGGACGCGGUAGCGCGCAAUUUUCAAACGUAGAGGACCGUGGUUUUGCUCAAAACUUGUUUUUAUCGCAUGUUUUCAAUGUCUUAUUUUUUCGGUAUUUUUAAGCUAUUUUAGAUGUAACAUUUGAGGCUUUGUUGAAACUUUUAUCUCGACACACAUUUUGUGGUAGAAAGUUAAAAAUGGCAGACUGGAAGACACAGGUAACUUAUAACUAUAAGCCUUCUUACCACACCUACGCUUAUAGUCUGGUUUAUCAGCCUGGGCCCGAGCAGAACCACGGAAACCUGAACGGCUGGGGCGAAAAUGGAGUCACGAACUUGAGCAACUACAACAACGGGGAAAUGCAGACCUACUAUGCCGCGACCACCUCCAAGAACCGGGAACAGUCCUCGCCUCGCAGCCCUGAGCUGCAUGCCGUGAAUGGGCAUUGCUACCAGGGCUCCGGGGUUGUCUAUAUUGGUGAUACCCAGGCAGGCCGUCUGCUCCUGGCCGGACAACACCCCGGUGGGUACGAAGCGACGGGGAAUGAAGUCAGGCGGACCGCGCGCGACUCUGCUAGUGACUCCGAGGCACACGCCUCACCAGAUUCAUGGAGUUCUGGCAGCAGCAGGGAAGGAAGUCUCCCCCAGGCAGACCCCGCAACCUGGGCUGAGAAAGAUGCAGAGGCCAUCUGCCAGAGUCCGGAUGGUAGUGAGGAUGUUUCCAGCUCUCUGAUGGAAGAGCCCAAGACGUUUUCUGUGAUAGAGAAUGAGGCUGCCAAUGAUGCCACACAUUUACCUUGUCCUUCAGUUGACCCAAAAAAGCAGAGCACUCCUGCUGUAACCACCCCUAAAGCUAAGGUCCGGGCAGCCUUCUCAGAGAGUCAGAUGAACGCUCUUGUCCAGCGCUUCAGUGUUCAGAGGUACCUUACCCCAGCUGAGAUGAAAAACCUGGCCGAAAUGACUGGACUAACUUACAAACAGGUGAAGACCUGGUUUCAGAACAGGAGGAUGAAGCUGAGGAGACAUCAGAAAGAUACAAGCUGGGUAUCGGAGCGCUAUGCCGUCAGUAAGGACAGCUCAGGUCAUGGAUCCAUUUUCUCAAACAUGGCUCCACACAUCCCCCCUUAUCAGGGAGAAGGGCAACCAACACAUUACAACCAACACAUGGCGACUUUCAGGAAGAAUCCACAGAAGAACUUGGCCUACUAUCUGGCUGCUAUGGGCAGCAAUGGAUCUGCUGGUUACUCACCCUGGUCUUCCAGCUCGACACAGGUUGCAGUGCCCAACAGGUCCCAGGUGGCUGGGUGGUCUGUUCCACCAGGUAGCCAUUUUGAAUACCACCCCAGUGGAUUCAACCCAACCACUACUACCAAUGUAAACAACUUUGGGCACAAUCCAGGCUUUGAAAGCAAGGAUGGGGAGAAUGUGAGCAGCCAAGGCUCUUUAACUCCUGACACGGUGCACAAUGGUAUGCUGUAGCUAAAGCUUGUUGGUGUGUUUAAAUAGAUUUUUUGUUUAUGCUUCAGCAAUUAAGUUUUUUUUUUCUCUAAGGCUGGAUCUACAUAUGCUUUGUUUUUCACAUGUUUAAAAGGGUUUACAUCAAGUUUAUUUAUUGUAUGUUGGUGUGUUCUUUGUGCUCAGUAAUGGCACAUGUAUCCAGCUUGUAAUAUACUGAUGCACAUGAAUGCAUUUCCUCCCCAAUAUACAAGUUCAAAUCUAAAUUGUCAAGACUUUUUUGCACUACAUUUCUUUUUUUUUCUAAAAAGAAAA